AUGGUCGACGGAACCUUGGCCGCCCGCUGCGCUGCGCUGCAAGCCUCCGUGGCGGCGCUGGACGAGACGCCGUCGGACGCACUCUGCAAGCUCGUUAACGAGUUGUCUGCGAUUGCGUCGGACGUUGCGACCAAGGAAGAAGCAUUGCGGCUGCACGAAGCGGCCCUGCAAGAGCGAGAAGCGCGCAUCGACACCAAGCUCGAGCUGCUGGCGGAGCUAAAGGCUGAGAACCAUCGACGCCGACCAGACGCAGACGAUUCCAUCGAUCAUCUCCCUACGCCAGCCAAGACGAUCACACUCAACGUCGGUGGCACGCUCUUUACGACCGCGCGCGAGACGCUGCUGCGCAUGCCAGGCAGCUACUUUGACGCGAUGCUCUCAUCGGAUCACUGGCUGCCAAAUGAGAAAGGCGAGUACUUUCUGGACUUGGACGCGAGUACGUUUAAACGUGUGAUCAAGUACCUUCGCACGGGCACGCUCAACGUCAGUGGGCUCUCACGUGCGGACGAGGACGAGCUGCGAGAGAUGCUCGACUACCUCCAGAUCGAGUGGCCGCUGCCAGCACCAUCCGCACCGCUCAUGGAGACGACCCAAUUGCAGUGGGACCCACUUCAUUGCUCCGAGGCCAUCACGCUCGGCGAAGACGGCACACAAGCGCGCAGUCAAAAGCACGGCUGGAAUCAUGUGCUCACGUCGACGCCAGCGACGACCUUUGGCGUCCGCGUGACGCUUCGAAGCGAGGUCUGUGUCGGCUUCAUGGUGUUGGAAGACUUCGUUCGAGAGCCCGACUUUCGUCUGUCGAACAACCGCCGCGGGUGGUUUUUCGACUGCGCAACUGGCGCUUUGAGCUCCCAUUACCAGCCGAGCACGAUCAGCGUGGUGGAUAUGAAGCCGCGCCCGAUCUUCCUCCAGGCGACGCUGCAUCAGGAGCAGCAGCGCGUUUCGUUUGCGAUUGACGGCAUCCCAGUGCCCACCAGUUUGCACCACGUGCCAGCCGACGCUGUGCUGUACCCUGUCGUGCGUAUCGUGGCUGCUAAUGCGGUUGUCAAGCUCCUCCCCGUGUAG